UGUGGACGCUGUGUGUGGACACAGUCCUGCCUGGUAGCGAAAAAAAGCCUUCGAGUUAUCAAUAGGUUAUCCUCACUUAAAUUAUGGACUUGCUGUCCCAAGCAGAAACGAAACCACUCUCUACUUUGUCAGUGUUUAGUUUUAUCCCAUCUAGAAGAUCUGAACCGAAAGAGAUGACCUAUUUCAACUUCACAAAUCCCAGGGCUCGAGAGGUACACCAGUAUGACUUAUACAGACGAACGGAAGGUUAUGACAACAAAUUACACCGUGAUGAUAGACAACAUGCAAAAGGCAGAGGUCUCGACUUCUACAUUGAGGAGUCAACGCGGCCUCUUCCAGUUUUAUCCUCCUCUGAGUAUGGGCGACGUUUACCACCUCCCUCCAACCAAUCUGGACGCCAGUUCGCUCAAGUGAACAUUAUCCAAGCUGAGUUCUUCCGGAAAAAUGGAAUCACAAGAUCGGUGGAGGAGGGAUACGGACCAGUCAUCCCUGUUUGAGGCGCAUUCUUUAUACUGUAAUGUUAUGUCAAAUAUACAUACACACAGUAAGAGA